CUCUGCGAGAGUCGCUAAUGUUUAACGAGGCGCCGCAUCGAGACGAGUAGCAAGGGGAGGAGAGGACUCGGGGAGAGCUCAUUGCGAGCCCGGAGCGAGCGAGGAGCAGAUGAUGAUGCUGCUGCCCGCUGCGAGGAGGAUGAUCGUGGCGGUGGUUAUGGCGACGGUGGCCAUGGCGAUGAUCCACGCGACUCAGGGGGCGCAAGUGUUCCUGGACCGGCCCGUGGCAUCGCGCGUGCUGCAGCCGCGUACUCGCAGGGCCAACUCGUUCCUGGAGGAGCGGCUCCAGGGGAACCUGGAGCGCGAGUGUCUCGAGGAGACCUGCAGCCACGAGGAGGCGCGCGAGGUCUACGAGAACGACGCCGGCACGGCGGCGUUCUGGAACCAGUACAAAGGAUGCAACGUGGACAAUAUUCGGAGCCACAUGGAGCUGUUCCGCCGCUGCCUGAAGGGGCUGUGCAUCACCGGCAAUGGAGAGCAGUACAUCGGCAACGUUUCCAUCACCAAGUCGGGCCGCCAGUGUCAGCUGUGGACCAGCAACUUCCCGCACCAAGUGCGAUUCAAGCCCGUCGAUCACCCUGAGAAGCAGCUGGUGGAGAAUUUCUGCCGUAACCCGGACGCGUCCCAGGACGGGCCGUGGUGCUACACACGCGACCCGCUGGUGCCACGUGAGCCCUGCUCCGUGCCCAGCUGCGACGAGGACCCGAGCCGGCACGUGCCGGAGUUGCCCCGCGUCCCGCCCACCGCACCCGCCACGCGGCCCCAGGGCCCCUGCGUCCCCGGAGCGGGCGAGGAUUACCGCGGGCCCCUCAACGUCACGCGCUUGGGCCGGCGCUGCCAGGCCUGGUCGGCUCGGACCCCCCACGUCUCGCGCUUCUCGCCGUCGACACACAGCGCCGCGGGCCUGGAGGGCGCCGCGUGCCGCAAUCCGGACGGCGACGAGGAGGGCGCCUGGUGCUACACCACGGACCCCGGCCUGGCCGUCGACUACUGCGCCCUGCACUACUGCGAUGAGGAUGACAUCUUCAUGGAGGCGCCCAAGGAGGAAGGGGGCCGAGGCCGCACCACGGCCACAGGCACCGACCCCAAGAUGACGCUCAUCAACCCACGCUCGUUUGGAAGCGGGCAGCUCGAGUGUGGGAAGCGACCCAUGUUUGAGCUGAUGGGGAAAGAGGACGUGGGAGAGGAGGAGCUGCAGGAGUCUCAGCGCCAGCGCGUGGUGCAUGGGGACAACGCAGAGGAGGGGAGCGCACCCUGGCAGGUGAUGCUCUACCGCAAAAGUCCCAUGGACAUGCUCUGCGGCGCCAGCCUCAUCAGCGACCAGUGGGUGCUCACGGCGGCGCACUGCGUCUUCUACCCACCCUGGGACAAAGACUUCACGGCCAAGGAGCUGGCGGUGCGCAUCGGCAAGCACAACAAGGCUGGGUACGAGAAGGACCGGGAAAAGAUCUCCAACGUUGACAAGAUCAUCAUCCACUCCAAGUACAACUGGAAGGAGAACAUGGAACGCGACAUCGCCCUCCUGCACCUGGAGAAACCCAUCACCUUCACCCAGUACAUCGUGCCCAUCUGCCUCCCCACGCGCGACGUUGCAGUCAACCUGCUGAAGUCAGGCUUCAAGGGCCGAGUGACUGGGUGGGGAAACCUCUUCCAGACGUGGACCAACAACCCCCGAGCACAGCCCAAGGUUCUGCAGAUGAUCAACCUCCCCAUCGUGGACCCCAGCCGUUGCCAGGAAUCCACCACCCACCGGAUCACGGCCAACAUGCUGUGUGCAGGAUAUGAACCGGAAGACGUGAAGCGUGGUGAUGCGUGUGAAGGAGACAGUGGUGGGCCCUUCAUUAUGAAGGACUUCGAGAACAAGCGCUGGUACCAGAUGGGCAUCGUGUCGUGGGGCGAGGGAUGUGACCGCGACGGCAAGUACGGCAUCUACACGCAUGUCUACCGGCUGCGCAAGUGGAUUAACAAAGUGAUCGGGGAGCCAGACACAUGAGGGCUCGCCCACCCCGACACCUCCCACCUCCUGACCCCUUUGCCCACCACGUGAACCCGUGACUGGACACAUUAUCCUUUAACACCUGGCCUGACAAAUUAACCCUUGACCUGACACUUCAACCUCUAACCUGGCACCUUAACCUGACGAUGUAUCCCUCGUUAACAAAAUCUGGAAUUCAAGAGGCCCUCUCUGAUCUUGAUCUCACUCCCCAAGGCUUUCUCAACUGUGACUUGGCCUCCCUCCCUCUCCCCUCCCCUCCCCUCACCGCCUCCCUCCUGCCGCACGUGUGCCCAGGGAGGCUGGAGCGGUUGGAGCGAGCACCCCACACACUCGCCCACACUCACCCUCACGCAGUCGCUAUCUCAAUAAAGCAAAUACAGACCAAUC